AUAUAGAUCAAAUCUUUCAUUUCAGCUGUAAAAGCGGCAAAAUGUCUUCGUCCGAAGGUAUUCCGUACCUCGGUUCGAAAAUCAGUUUAAUCUCUAAGUCUGAGAUAAGAUAUGAAGGAAUUCUCUACACUAUUGAUACACAGGAAUCUACGGUUGCUCUGGCGAAAGUUCGAUCUUUCGGUACUGAGAAUCGGCCGACUGAGAGACCUGUUGCUCCCCGUGAUGAAGUUUACGAGUAUAUUAUAUUCCGUGGAUCGGAUAUCAAGGAUAUUAAAGUGUGUGAGCCCCCUAAACCCCUUCCAACCCUACAGGGAGGAUUACCUAAUGAUCCUGCCAUAAUCCAGCAUUCGUCCGCACCUGGUGGAGUGUCGUCUAAGCCUAACCUUGGUCCUAUCGGUAGAGGGUUCGGCUCUUCACAGAUAAGUUCUCCUCUGGAAGGAGAUGGAGAAAGAUCGUUAAGAUCGACUCCUCAUGAACUCCGUAGAUCUCCGACCACAGAGAUGGGAGUACAGGCGGGUAGGGGUGGAAACAGAUCUAGACAAGACAGUCAAUCUAGUGGGCGACCCCAGUCAGCCGGCCGAGGACUUCCCGCCCAACCCGUUGCAUUCCACAGAGGAGCAGGCAGGGGUGGAGCUCCUCCCACUAGGGGUAUGGUUCACCAGGGACAACGAGGACGGGGUAGAGGAUCUUUCCAACCUGGCAAGUUUGGUCCGACCAAGGAGAAGUUGACUUUCGACUCUGAAUACGACUUUGACAAGGCGAAUGAGGAGUUCCAGGAGGUUCUUAAUAAACUAAACAAGACUAAGUUGGAUGAUGCAACUGCCUCUGCACCUGAGAGCGGAGAUAUGGUGGAGGAAGGUGUAGAACGGGUUGAACCGGAGGAGGGAGAAAUCCAGGAUGGAGAAGUAGCAGAAGAUGAUGAAAUCUAUUAUGACAAAAAGAAAUCUUUCUUCGACAACAUUUCCUGUGAAGCUUUAGAGAGAAGUAAAGGGAAAAUGAUGAGGAAUGAUUGGAGAGCAGAGAAGAAAAUGAACAAGGAAACUUUUGGUGUCGCUGGAAACCGACGAUAUAACUACGCCGGAGCUAGAGGCGGGUUUGUCCAGCGAGGUGGAAACAGAGGCCAAGGAUAUGGCCAGGGUUACGGAGGACCUCCAGCCAGAGGCUUCAGAGGAGGUCAGAACUUCGGUCGAGGAUACGGAAUGCGAGGCGGCGGGGGUUUCCAGGGCGGAUACAACAGUGGAUACAACAGAGACAACGGUGCAGGCUACGGCGGUCGGGAAAAUGGCGGAUAUGCGCCCAGGGAAAAUGGUGGAUAUCCACAACGGGAGAACGGGUUUGGAGGUCGCGGAUUUGGAGGACGAGGAGGUCGAGGACAGGGAUAUGCUGGAGCUGUGAGAGGAGGACCUACUCAAGGUGCAGGACGGAGACCACAGUGGGUGGGCGAUAGGAACUAGUCUAGUUCCAAACCGGCAGCAGAGAUACAGAAAUGCUCAAUGAGGAAUUAAGAAGAGAAUCGAAAUGUUGACACUGAUAUAGCAGACGUGAGAAAGUAGGACAAUUUUGCCGCUUUGUGGAUUGCACUAUGGACCGGAUUAAGUUAUGACAAAGGAUCGAUUAAAAGUUAACACAAAGGGUCUUGUUCUGCUGCCGGAAAAUUUAUUUUAGACCCAUUUAUUCUUAUUUUAAUAUUAGUAUUGUUGCAAGAAUUUCCUAUUAUACGAGUUCUGUUAAUUAUUUAUAAUGUUCCACGACGUGAUCCGUCUAAAUUAAAUCCUCCCGCCAUCAUAAACAUUUAUAUCCCCCACCGUGCCGGUGUUUCGGUCUAGAGAAGAGGAUCUGAACGUUUGAACGUGGAACCGACUGAACUGAUCCGCUAACUUUUAAAAGUGGAACCGACUGAUCCCAAGGGAACAGUGAUCCAGUGUUCUGGAAACCAGUGAUAGUAAAUUAUUACUAUAUGAAUUAAUAUUAUAUUGCUGAUCGUGAAAAUUAUUUUCCUUAAAUAAAUCGGCACGGUUUA